AUGGGGUGGGAAAACCUGACCAGCGUCUCAGAAUUUUCCCUCCUGGGGCUUUCUGAACACCCAGAGCAGCAGGAAGUCCUCUUUGGGCUGUUUCUGUCCAUGUACCUGGUCACAGUGGCAGGCAACCUCCUCAUUAUCCUGGCCAUCAUUGCUGAUGCUCACCUCCACAUGCCCAUGUACUUCUUCCUGGCCAACCUCUCUCUUGUUGAUGCCUGCUUCAUGUCCACCACUGUCCCCAAGAUGCUGGCAAACAUAUGGAUCCAGAAUCAGGUCAUCUCAUAUGCAGGGUGUCUAUCACAAUUUAUUUUUUUCAUGCUGUUUGUGAUGCUGGAAGCAUUCCUCUUGGCCAUCAUGGCCUACGACCGCUAUGUGGCCAUAUGCCACCCACUCCAUUACAUUAUGGUCAUGAGCCCUGGGCUCUGCAUCCUUCUAGUUUCUGCAUCCUGGAUCAUGACUGCCCUCCACUCUCUCCUACACACACUCUUGAUGAACAGCCUGUCCUUCUGUGCAGAACACAAGAUCCCACACUUCUUCUGCGACAUCAACCCCCUUCUCAGUAUGUCCUGCACAGAUCCCUUCAUUAAUGAACUGGUGAUUUUCACCAUUGGGGGUUUUGUAGGCCUGGUUUGUGGGCUUUGCCUGAUUAUCUCUUAACAUAUUUUCUCAACAAUCCUGAAGAUCCCCUCAACUCAGGGGAAGCAGAAAGCCUUUUCCACCUGCAGCUCUCAUCUCUCUGUAGUUUCUCUAUUCUUUGGGACUUCCUUUUGUGUUUAUUUCAGUCCUCCCUCAACCCGCUCAGCACAGAAGGGCACAGUAGCAUCAGUGAUGUACACUGUGGUAACCCCAGUGAUGAAUCCUUUUAUCUAUAGUUUGAGAAAUAGAGACAUCAAGUCUUCCUUAAGAAAGCUAAUUUGGGUUAAGAAAAUCCAAUCCCCUUUGUAG